AUGCUUUUUAAAUCCAAACGCUUGCGAUCCUCCCUACAGUGCCUCGACUGCAGUGACGUCGUAUACUUCCGUGGUAACGAUUUGCGACUCGCAUCUGGUAUAGUCACACGACAACUGGGUCAAGCCAUGGUGGAAAUUACCGACUUGAAUGAUGCUACUGUGCACAAGCGACACGUGGACCAAAUCCACUUCAAAUCAUCCACGGACCUGCGGCAUCAAGAGACAAGCGAGGGCGACAGUCAGUUGCAUACCCCAUCAGCACAACCGACGGAGCCGCAUGAGUCAGAUGUGCAGAAACAACCAAUAGAAAUACAAGGACACCGCCAGGAACAGGCGGAGCCAACGAUUGAUGAGGCACUCUUGAGGGAAGAGAGUUGUGGUGACCCAGACUUCCGCGACCGCAAUCCAUGCACGAUUAGGUACAGCUUCAUGUCAUCCAAUCACCGUUCAGGAAGCUCGACCAAUGGUACACCGGGCGAACGUGACAUCCGAGUUAGUACAUAUGAUGCGUCGGCGCAAACGGUUACGUAA